CCGGUCUGCAGAGAUAAAAAAUAAGAGACUUGGGACGCACCCAUGACGUUAUCACGUUGUGUGACUUCCUGUACACGCAAGGUUCGUUCCGCAAAUAGUCCGCUGUUCUGGUUCAGAAGGCCAAAUAGCGUAUUUCGCUUCGAAGACGUGAUGGCUGCAACGUUGCGUUUACUUUACUCCGUGUCAAGGCCAGGCACGUUUGUGGCCAGGCAGAAUCUAGUGAGGUCCUUCAGUGUAUCCACACAAAGGGAAGGAUUCAAGUAUGUGAAUGCCCAGGAGAUCCCUACAGACAUGAAGUCCAUCACAGACCGAGCUGCUCAGACGCUGCUGUGGACAGAGCUCUUCAGAGGUCUGGGCAUGACAAUGAGCUACCUGUUCAGAGAGCCCGCCACCAUCAACUACCCGUUUGAGAAGGGGCCGCUGUCGCCUCGCUUCAGAGGAGAACACGCCCUGCGCAGGUAUCCUUCAGGAGAGGAGCGCUGCAUCGCCUGCAAGCUGUGUGAAGCUAUCUGCCCUGCCCAGGCCAUCACUAUCGAAGCAGAGACUCGUGCUGACGGCAGCAGGAGGACGACUCGCUACGACAUCGACAUGACCAAAUGCAUCUACUGCGGCUUCUGUCAGGAAGCGUGUCCUGUGGACGCCAUCGUAGAGGGUCCUAACUUUGAGUUUUCCACUGAAACCCACGAAGAACUGCUCUACAACAAGGAGAAGCUCCUCAACAACGGAGACAAGUGGGAAGCAGAGAUAGCUGCCAACAUACAAGCUGAUUACCUCUACCGAUAGACACCCCACACACACACACACACACACACACACACACACACUGAGUGGACAGUUAGCACAUACCAGCAUAACCUCUCUCACACACACAUACGUCCAUACUGUACAUACUGUAAGAAGACAGACUCAGCUGUGAUGGAUGUGCUUCAGGAUUGGAUUUGGGUUUGCCGAUGCAUCUUUUAUUUCAAACAAAACAUUACCAACACAUUUCCCCUGGUGUCAGUGUCAUCCUCUUCUGAUAUGAUGAAUAUACUUUGAUAUGUUUCAGAUUUUUACCAUGUCAAUGUUUGGAUUCCAUAUUUAUUGUAGAAUGAUGAAUACUACACUGGCUGUCAGUGUGAUGAGUGUACAACAGUCCAGCUGUCUCAGCACAGUCCAGUCUGUGAUCAUCCAGUGAGGACCAUGUGGUUGGGUCUGCACAGUCCCACUGAACUAAAAAGCAAGGAGACUGAGUCAUGCUGUGACAGUUUCAGUGCUGUACACUGAUGGUAGAUUGCAGACUUCAUCCUGGAUUGAUUCUGAUUCUGAUGUCCUACACAAGUAUACAUUAUUGUGGAUUAUUGUUAUUAUCCUGGGUGUCGGUGCAGAGUUUUCGUGCUGUUUCCACCCUGACUUAAAUAAUAAAAUUCUGGGAGAAACACUAAA